UGUGACCUUGUUAUGAAGCAAUACUUGUUUGAAGAUGACGAUGUCAAGUCCUAUGAAAUACAAUGGGGUAUAAUGGUAAAUUACGAGUGAACGAUGAUAAUUGAUAAUCGAUUAACAUUACAGGAGACUGACUUAACAAUGAAAAGAGUCCUGUUACUCACGAAUGAGCAAAACAGACAAUCCAAGAUGGCCGACCUAGCAUUCACUGGUCAGCGGUAGCCGAGUCAUGGCUGAGCCUAAUGACGGCCAGCGGUAAUCUAUUCAACGUUAAGGGAUCCAAGAGGCCCUCACUACAUUACUGAUACAAAUGUAGCCCAUGCUAUAACGACUUUUAAAAACCCGUCCCAAUUCGUCUGUCGUAAYGAAGUAUGGUCUUUGGGAUCAACUAAGAACAGAUCAAGGGCGCGAAUUUUACCUAUCGUUGGGGAUGCAAGAAUUGCUUGCUCCUCUUAGAAAUGACCCAACUAAAGAUCCACAUCGACGAACGACUUCAAAAAAGAAUCUUCCAGUUGAAAGAUUUUGGAGCGAGGUCAACCAACGAGCUAACUACCCAGUAAAGAGCUGUCUAAACAAUAUGGUGGAGGCUGGGCAAUUGCGAAUGGACGAUGAGUGCACAAAGUUCUGCGUUUCUACAUUUACAACCCACGUGGUUCAAGUUGGAAUCAAUCGUCUAAUUCAGUCAUGGAACUGCAGACCUGCAAGCGGGAAAAGRAAAACACCUAUUGAAAUGAUGAAGGCAAAUAAUGGAACUGCAAAUUUGACAGAAGAACAGGUCCCUGAUGGGUUGACUGCAGCACAGAUCUAUGAAGGUAAUGGAGGAAAUCUCACAAGAUUUGGCAGUUUUGGUCUGGAUCCUUUACAAGGAAAUCAGGAGCUGUCGACGCAGAGGGAGCAACUGCUUCUCCAAAAUAUUGCUUCAUAUGAAGCAAUAUUUAAUCAACUAGUAAAUGGAAAUCCUUCUUUAUUUCAACGAGCUUUAAUUUAUUAUAUUACUUUAUCACAAUCGCUUGCUGCACAAGCAUAAGCGUAAACUAGAGAGUUGGAUAUAAUUAUCCUAGUCAUUAUCUUACUGAAAGUCUUAAUAGUAUUUGAGUUCUACCCACAGUG